CCCAGCAGUCCCUCCAUGUUACUUGAAGUAUCUGACAUCCCCUCCUACUGAAACGCUUCCAUCAUCUUCAAACUGUGCGAUCACAAAGGCGCCUGUUGCCGAGUUCGUCUUUGUUCAUUCCUUCAUCUGAAAGAAGCUUCAUCCGCUCUGGCUCGCCUCCAGCCUUUUGAAUUUGACAGCGGCCUGACUGACACUUGUCAUGGGCUGUUGAGAUAAGAACGCUAAUACACGUCUAUAUACAUAUGCACAAGACGCUGUUGUUCUAUUUUUUUAAUUUUCUAACUGCACCGUAAAUUUACCCUAAUAAUUGCAGAGCUCUGUAUUGUGUCUGUGUGAUGGUACGUUUCUCUUGUUCACGUGUAUUUGCAUGAGAGUGUACAAAGAAUCCUUGAUUAAUAGUUCAGCUGCCACAGCUUGGAUUUGACAGGAGAAGUCGCCCGCAGCCAUCAAACAUGAUGCAUGUUGGUGUGAUGCAAACGGGAGAUAACCCCCAACAGGGAGGUGGACAAGGGCAGUGACACUAAUUUAUCCAUUUGACUGAACUCCCUGUAAUACAAAAGCUCGGGGGUGUGGCGGGAUUGUCUCCCACAGAUUACCAUGCACUGCUUCCUUUUUUUUCUGCAGGGUGGAGGAGUAUCUGCACAAUGAUGUUAGAAAGUGAGAACUUUUUCUUUUUCCCAAGGCACUGACAUGAAGCUGCAUCUCACAGGAAACAGAGAGUGUGCACUGGUACGGAGAACAAGCUGAGCACACUGUCGGACCUGGAGCAGCAGUACCGCACCCUGAGGAAAUACUACGAGAACUGUGAAGUGGUCAUGGGCAACCUCGAGAUCACGAGCAUCGACCGCAGCCGGGACCUCACCUUCCUCAGGUCCAUCCGAGAAGUGACCGGCUACGUGUUGGUGGCCCUGAACCAGUUUGACUACCUUCCUUUAGAGAAUUUGAGGAUCAUCCGAGGAACCAAGCUGUACGAGGACCGCUACUCCCUGGCCAUCUUCCUCAACUACAGACGUGAUGGAAACUUUGGUCUGCGCCAGUUGGGUCUUAAGAACCUCACAGAGAUCCUUACUGGCAGUGUGUAUGUCGACCAGAACAAGUUCCUGUGUCACGCCGACACAAUCCACUGGCAGGACAUUGUCAGAAACCCAGGGACCCACCCCGUGGUGGUGCCCACCAACAGCAGUGUCACAUGUCAAAAGUGCAAUCGUUCCUGUAAUGGUCGAUGCUGGGGACCCAAGGAGGACCAGUGUCAAACCUUAACAAAGACAGUGUGUGCGGAGCAGUGUGAUGACCGCUGCUUCGGUCCCUAUGUUAGUGAUUGCUGCCAUCGUGAGUGUGCAGGUGGCUGCUAUGGACCAAAGGACACAGACUGCUUUGCCUGCACCAACUUCAAUGACAGCGGGGCCUGUGUGACCCAGUGCCCCCAGCCAUUUGUCUACAACCCCACCACCUUCCAGCUGGAACACAACCCCAGGGCCAGGUACACCUAUGGAGCCUUCUGCGUCAAGAAGUGUCCACAUAACUAUGUGGUGGACCAUAGCUCCUGCGUCAGAGCGUGCCCCAGCAACAAGAUGGAGGUCGAGGAGAACCGCAUCAAGAUGUGCAUUCCUUGCACUGACAUCUGCCCAAAAGCGUGCGACGGCAUCGGUACCGCCAGCCUCCAGGAUGUUCAGACUGUGGACUCCAACAACAUUGACAAGUUUGUCAAUUGCACCAAAAUCAAUGGCAACCUGGUUUUCCUCAUUACUGGAAUCAAAGGGGACGCCUACCACAAGAUUGAGGCUUUAGACCCAGAAAAGCUCAGCGUGUUCCGCACAGUUCGAGAGAUCACAGGCUAUGUGAACAUCCAGUCGUGGCCCGACAACAUGACAGACUUGAGUGUUUUCUCCAACCUGGCAACCAUUGGGGGAAGAGCGCUGUACAGUGGAAUCUCCCUGCUGGUGUUGAAGCAGCAGGGCAUCUCGUCACUGCAGCUGCAGUCUCUCAGAGAGAUCAGCGCCGGGAACGUCCACAUCGCAGAGAACAGCCAGCUCUGCUACUACAACACCGUCAACUGGACCCGACUGUUUCGUGCUGGAAACCAGAAGGUGCUGGUCCGCAACAACCGCAGCCCGAAGGAGUGCACCAGGCAGCACAUGGUGUGUGACCCGCUGUGUUCAGACGCAGGAUGCUGGGGCCCCAGCCCGGACCAGUGCCUCUCCUGCAGACACUUCAGCCGUGGACGAACCUGUGUGGAGAUUUGCAACCUUUACGAAGGGGAUAUUCGAGAGUACGCUAACGGGUCCCUGUGCGUGGAUUGUGAUGCCCAGUGCGAGAGGGCUGACGAUGACUCUCUGACCUGCCACGGUCCGGGCCCAGAGCAUUGUGUGAAAUGCCUUCAUUUCAAGGAUGGUCCAAACUGUGUGGACAAGUGUCCUGACGGUCUGCAAGGGGCCAACAGCAUUUACAUCUUCAAGUACGCUGAAGCCAACAACGAAUGUCAUCCCUGCCACACCAACUGCACGCAGGGGUGCAUUGGACCAAGACUGCAAGACUGUAUUGGCUGGAUGGACAGAACCCCUCUGAUCGCAGCGGGGGUGAUCGGCGGCCUCUUCAUGGUGGUGAUCCUGGUGCUGAGCGUAGCCGUGUCUCUGCGCCGGAAGAACAUCAAGAAGAAGAGAGCGCUCCGUCGCUUCCUGGAAACAGAGCUGGUGGAACCUUUAACACCGAGUGGGGCAGCACCCAACCAGGCCCAGCUUCGCAUCCUGAAAGAGACGGAACUCAAAAGGGUCAAGAUUCUCGGCUCUGGGGCCUUCGGGACUGUUUACAAGGGUAUUUGGGUUCCUGAGGGUGAAACGGUGAAGAUCCCAGUGGCCAUAAAAAUCCUAAAUGAGGCCACCGGACCCAAGGCUAACGUGGAGUUCAUGGAUGAGGCCCUGAUCAUGGCCAGCAUGGAGCACCCCCACCUGGUCCGCCUGCUGGGCGUCUGCCUGAGUCCCACCAUCCAGCUGGUCACGCAACUGAUGCCUCACGGGUGCCUGCUCGACUACGUCCUCGAGCACAAGGACAACAUUGGAUCCCAGCUGCUGCUCAAUUGGUGUGUCCAGAUUGCCAAGGGGAUGAUGUAUCUGGAGGAGCGUCGGCUGGUCCACAGGGAUCUCGCAGCCCGCAAUGUCCUGGUCAAAUCUCCCAACCACAUCAAGAUCACGGACUUCGGCCUUACUCGGCUGCUGGAUGUUAAUGAGAAGGAAUACAACGCUGAUGGAGGAAAGAUGCCCAUCAAGUGGAUGGCCUUGGAGUGUAUCCAUUACAGGAAGUUUACUCAUCAGAGUGACGUCUGGAGUUACGGGGUAACCAUGUGGGAGCUGAUGACCUUUGGAGGAAAGCCGUAUGAUGGGAUUUCCCCCCGAGACAUUCCAGACCUGCUGGAGAAAGGAGAACGUCUUCCACAGCCGCCCAUCUGCACCAUCGACGUCUACAUGGUCAUGGUCAAAUGCUGGAUGAUUGAUGCAGACAGUCGACCCAAGUUCAAGGAGCUGGCGGCAGAGUUCACUCGAAUGGCGCGUGAUCCCCAGAGAUACCUUGUCAUCCAGGGCGACGACCGCAUGAAGCUGCCCAGCCCCAACGACAGCAAGUUCUUCCAGAGCCUCCUGGACGAGGAGGAGCUGGAGGACCUGAUGGACGCUGACGAGUACCUGGUGCCCCACUCCUUCAACAUUCCUCCCCUGGCGUACACUCCGCGCCCGCGCAUGGACUCCGUCAAGAACCAGUUUAGCUACCAGGACCCAAGUUUCAGCAUGGAGGACAUGAUGGCCACCCUCCCAAGAGUGGUCUCUGUUCCGGCCGUGUCAGGGAGCUGCCUCCCUCCACAGGACUUGGCCUCGGGGGGACAAAUUGGCGGCGGAUUUGUCCGACUCAACCAGGACGACCCUCGCUGCAAUGGCACCCUGAGGAAGCAGGCGUCCCCGAGGUCGCACACCCUCGGGCCCAGCUCGGGUCUCACUGCAGGACAUGCUGGAGGCGAGGACAGCAGCGGACAGCGUUACAGUGCCGAUCCAACUGGUCUCUCAGCAGAACGAGGGACAAAAGGAGAAAAGGACCAGGAUGGAUACAUGACUGCCAUGAGAGACAAGAGCAACUCAGACUAUCUCAACCCUAUCGAGGAAAACCCCUUCGUCACACGCCGGAGGAACGGAGACGCCCAUGCAGUGGUCGAUGGAGCAGGCUGCCACACCCUGCAUAUGGCUGGAGCUGCCGCUGGCCCCAAGAGCCAGUCCGCCCACAGCGAUGAGUACAUCAAUGAGCCGCUGUACCUGAAUACCCUCCUCAACCCCGGGGACAAGAACGGAUUGGCCGGCGCAGUCUCCGUCUCUGGGCCCGGCUUCUCCGCUGCCCAGUCAGUAUCGCAGACGGUCAACCCGUCGAUAUCGAGCCACACCGUCUCCUCCGCUGGAUAUGGGGUCCCUCCCGGCCACAUCCCCCACCCGUCAUACCCAUCACACACCCUGCAUCCGGGGCAUUCAGGACACGCCCUGCACUCAGGCAUCACCAGCGGCACCAUCAUGCUUGAUAAGAAAGGCAAGAAGGCCACUUUUGACAAUCCCGAAUACUGGCAGCACAGUCUCCCCCCGAAAUCCACCCUGCACAACCCAGAGUACCUGCAGGACUGCAGCACGCGCUUUUUCUACCGGCAGAACGGACGCAUUCGCCCCGCUGUGGCUGAGAACCAGGAAUACUUGUCCGAGGCUGCUAUGAAAGCCGGCAACGUGCUGCCGCCCCCUCCGUACAGACAGAGGAACACUGUAGUGUAGUGACCCCGCGCUGUCGUACAAUGGAGGCAUGAACAGAGGGUUAAGAAAGGAGAUAAAUGGACUGUGAACGGUCCUUUGGUUUCCUCAAAGCACUUGUCAACCUGGGCUUUCCUUGCACCCUCCCCCGAACACUUCUCCGUGUUAUAUCUGAUUGCAAGUCUUUUAUUCUCACUCUAUGGUUCGGCCUUUUCUUGACAGGAACACAAUAACAGUCAUCGACGGCCCCACUCGACACUCAGACUAUAUUUUUGAACCUCAUCCUCGUCCCCUAGAGCAAGCAGACAGCUCUCCCCGAGGUGGGUUCUGUUCUGGCGCGAGCUGUCCCGGCAUUUUGAAUAAACGUGAGGCACAGAAACAACACAAUCAAAGGUUGGAAUUAGAUGCAUGACAGAAGGAGGAAGGAGAAACAAACAGAGGAUAGCCCAAAGAGGAUUAUCGCCAUGAAUUUACAUGACUUAUGAUUAAUUUUUGUUUACGUGCCAACAAAUUACCAUUCCCCAUUUCACCAUGUUCUUUUAACUCAUAUCCACAUAGCUAGAUAUACAUAUUGCAGUAUGCACACAUUGCUAUUGCAUGUGUGCAAUCUGUCAAAUGACACAUGCACUUGGAGUCAUGUCGUGACCUACCAGCAAAUCUUCAGUCACACUUCGGAGCCCAGAUGUUGCCUCCAUACCUGCGCUCAUGCUUCUUCGACUUUUUACAUGCUUUGCAUGUCACUGCAGCAGUAAUGGAUUUCAGACAUUCAUCACACACAGCUCAUAUCCAGCCUGCAACAUGUUAACAUGCCUGCAGCUUUCACACACCAGUAACAACCACACGUUAAUUCAUAUUUACGUAAAUACAUACACAGCAACAGAUAAAGCCUGUUGAAAUAUUCAGGAGAGGAGCGGCUCAGUUGACCUCGUGCGGGGGAGCGGCUGUCGGUAAUGGCAGUCGGCGUUGCGGUGCAGAAACAGCUCAACGGGAAAAAGUAAAUGUCGCCACAUUCUUAUGGAAAGCUGUGAUAUUCACCCGGUGCUUGGUGGAAAGCAUUCAGCAGAUUACUGGCACGGCUGGGGAGGGAUUGUAAAGGUUGAUCGCUCAGAGGAUGACCCACAGCUUCCCCGACCCUGAGAUCCCUCCGGUUCUCCUUCACCGACAACGAGCCUACAAACCGGACCAGCUCACAAAUGCCUCCGUGGUAAGAUCAUUGUAAGCAGCAUCGUGACUGACAUGACUUUAUAGUUACUGCAGCACUUGGAUUUAUGCUUCAAUGGAACUGGUAAUGGAGGAACGGUUUCUAACUGGACAAGGAGCAGGAUUGUGAAGAACGUUCAAACAGGCCCAGAGAGAGAGAUUCAGGAGGAGCAGAGGAUGCUUGGUGUUUGUGUGUCUUUUUUUCUCUUUUCUUUUUAGACAUCAGGGAUCUGUUUACUUUGUCACUUAGUCUUAUGGUGGAUGUGAAUAAUGAAGUGCAGGAGAAACAGCACAGACACCCAGACAGAGCACAGUGGAGAUGGCAGAGAGACCAACCCUGCAGAGCUGUAAAUACAUCCAUUACCAGUCAGACGCAGUCCACAAUCUGGGGAGCGAGCUGUGUCGGGAAAAUAUAUUUAAGGAGACGAAAUGAUGAGGCUAAGAGUUUUUCUUUUAUUUCCCCGCUCUGUGUUCAUACUCUUGUACGUCACAGAAACAGAAUGUUAUCUUAGACCACACGAGGCGACUACAGGACCUCGAUCUGUCUCUGAAGGUUCAGGUAGUUCACGAGCGUCAUAACUGUCUUGCAAAGGCUUCAUACAAAUUUUGUCCCUGGAACACUUUGAAAAUUGAAAUUGAAAAAUGUGAUUGUGAUCGCUGAUUCCACUGAUGGCUAUAAUUUGCUGUACUCAUACAAAACUGCCAGGAGACCCAGUGAGCUCUGAUGGAAACGUCACCGCCUGAUCAGGGCCGGAUUUAGAUCAGUUGAUAGAACUUGAUGCUCUGGCACAGCCAAAUGACUUUGCUGUCAUCCAUGCUCUUAAUUUAUUUCACCAUGCUGCACUUAUGAUUUGCAAUGGUUUCAUUGAGUUCUCACGUCAUCUUGUUUGUUAGGCAUUUUACCAUGAAAGGGCAUUUCCAUACCCUCUAAUGAAAAUCAUAUUAGUAUUGACUGGACCACAUGACGAUAGAACACUGUAACGGGGUAGAAAGUGAAGUUUUCAAUACCGUUAAAGACAAGUUAGAAAUCCAUUGAACAAUAGUGGUUUAGUGGACUAUUAUGGACAAUAUGCAUCAAUAUAUUGAUUUCCAGGCGUGUGAAAGGGCAGUCCAGUGAUUUAGAAUACAUUUUCAACAAGUCCCUUAUUUGUGUAGCACCACAAACACUGGAUCCUACAUUUCUAUUUGUGUCAAGCUAACAACCUGGUGCCGCUGCAGUGGAAACAACCAGGUAGAGGAGAGACUCGGACAGACGGCACCGACGACUCACUAUCCAAAACACAGAUGUUACCCUGGCACACUGCUUUCCAUCCCUCUCAGGUUUUAUGGGAAAUAAUAAUCAUCCAGCUGAGCUCCAGCUGAGGCACAAGUGGCCACAUCAUAAAGGGAUGUCAGACCAAUUCAAAUCAAAGGAUAAAGGGUGGGGGGGGGCUAGUUAGUGCCAUAAUACCGCAGUACAUGGGCUGAUGAAAUUUGCAAUUAUAAAAAAGUAAAAAAGUUGAAUUUUACAGGUGGCUGGGGCACAGGGUUUAAACAGGCAGUCCUCACAUCAGUUUCAAGUAUCACUCAAACAUUGACAUUGCUCUGUUACCGACCUCAUUUAGCUGUGCUGGAUCACACUUUGAAAGAUUUUGGUUUGAUUUAAGUUUUUACCUGAUUAAGCUUGCUCUUAUAAGUCAUUGAUGUAAAUCUGGGUAUCGAGUAUAUCCUCUGUGUUUAGAGUUGAAAUCCAGUUAUGUACUUUUGCCAUGACCCACGAGGGAUAAGUUGUAACACAUGUGCCCUUACUGUACUGGCUGUGUGUUUAAGUUCAAUGACAGCAGUGGAGAGUCACCGAAAGGGCUGCGUAAUGGAUCUCUGUGGGAAAAUAGAGCCAAUCUUCUGGAGGGGAAAACCUGCUGGCACAGUCAGCCGGCAGGCAUCACAAGAGGGCUUUUAGCUUUCUGAAUGCGAAUUCAUCCACUUUCACUUGUCCUGUGGGGAAAUCAUGUUCCCCAACAUCUCAGCCACUGCAGCGGCUGAGAAACCCCGAACGACAGGCAAUGGGCUGUAACACUGCGGCAAGUUUAAAACGGAGGUAUUAGCAUUCCAGAAAUGUUACCUGGCCAAUGCAUCAAUGUUACAAAAGCUAGCAGGGGAGAAUGUGCAAGUCCACUGUAACUGGCAGAGGAGACCAGAGCUGACUGCCGCUCUUUCUCUCUCUGUGGUCGGAGGUGACUGUGGAGUUGUGUGUAGCUAAAAACACUGUUCUGCAGCUGAAACACUGAAAAUCCUGAAAAGCAGCUAGGUUGGGAGCAAAGACCAGUACUUACCCAGAAGUUUUGUUGGUCUAAAACAUAAGUUAUGAUUUCACAUGAAAAUAUAUAGAGUUACUGUGUAAAAGCCUCAGUACAGAAGAUAUUUAAAUAGCACAAUAACUAUAAAUACUGACUCACACAGAAAAUCGGCCUUAUAGUAAAUGUUCUAUUUAUUUUUUUGCGUCUGCUUUUCUUCUUAUUUCAAGCAAAUGGGAUCAUAUAUAUUGUAAAUGCUGUGUAAAGUUUUUUUCUUAUUACUUUCCUCCCUGCUCUGAAGGGUCUCGAUGUAAAUUUUCCGAUAUGCAGUGUGAAGGUGUCAUCUUUCGUCUGUCACGUCUCGAAACACAUUGAAGCAGUUGCUUGCUGCUUUCGCAUUUAAGGGGCUGGAUGUUUGCCCCUCAGAGGAACUCAAGUCCAGGCUGAACCUUUCAUAUCGUUGCCAAAUGAGAAAAAGAUUUGCAAAGACCAAAACUGAAGCUCCUCAUCAACACCUUACGAUACUUUACAAUAUGGGACAGAUUUCACCUUUACUAACGUUACAGUACAAUUCAGAAGUAUCUACACCUUGCAAUGAAUUUUACAUCGGUUAGUAUGUAGGAUAUGAUUGUCAAAGGAUAAAGUCAAUACAUCAAGUCAAUUUUACGAGUUGACGUUGACCGCCUGACCAACUGACGACUGUAAAUGACAAACCUCUCGUGUUCCAUCACAGUAAAGGCAGACUUCUCUUUUAUUUUUUGUAUUGGUCUAUUUCUCUUCUUUCCAUUCUUUGCUUAUUAAUAUCACAAGGACGUGUUUUCACAGCAUAAACUCCAUCCAGCUGUUGUGUAAAUGCUCUUAUUGUGUCGGACGAACACAUGUUGCAUAUCAGAGAACUUCUACCCUCCAAGACAUAAUUUUGUUAAAUGCGCCAUCAAACCAAUCGCACAUAAAGCAGCUGACAAACACAUAUUCUACCAUUGUAAUGGAGUCAAACUGUGUAUGGCUGUCAUGUUCAGAUCUUACUGUUACUGAUGUGUAUAUUCUGCAUAAAAGUGAAAGGGAAAUGUGACAGUGGUUGAGUAAGCACAGUUCGCUAUGUAUGGAAUCGAUGGUAAAACUGUAAAAUGGAAACACUAAUUGUCUUUUAACCAAAUGACAAAGACAUUCAGAUAAUAGGCCGCUCAACAGUUUUACCAUUGUUAAAAUAAAUGAAAAUUAAUAAAUAAAAAAGCGGAUAGUAUUUUUCUAGGUAGGUUUAAAAAAAAAAAAAAAGUGGCCCGUGUGUCUGUAAAUAGAACAAUGAUGCUCCUUUUGUCCAGCUGAAGCAAUUAUUUUGUUCCUUUCCCUUCUUGCCUCAUUGUAUUUUGAGUGUCUACUGUAUUUUUUGUUACUUUUGGGGAUAUCUUUCCUGUAUGUAUAUAAAUAUAUACAGUAUAUAUAUAUAUACAUAUAUAUUCUGUAAAAUGUAAUUUGAGGAGUGAACUUUAAAAACGCUUGCAGGGUUUCUUGUCUACCCCCCCCCCCCCUUUCACACCACCAUUUUACCUGUGAUUGUGUGAUUGUGUUUUCAGCACAACUUGGUGGAUAGUGUGUUUUAAAUCCCUGCUCUUGUUCACUUUUAUAGGGAGUGAAUUUCUUAUUUUUCUCUCUUAUUUUUUCCACAGGGUGUGUUAUGACCACUCUACCCUCCAUGCUUGAUUCAUUAUUAUCCACCUCUUGAGAUUUUUUAAAGAUUUUGUACACUCUUCAGAAGCUGUCGCAAAAAUAAUAAAUAUACAAAUUUUAAUCAGUCUAAGAAGAAAAUGUAAUGCUGUGAUCCACCAGUACCAUUUUGUGAGGUUUGAGGACCUAUGGUACAUUUUUUUUUUUUGGGGGGGGGGGGGGGGGGG